UUCAUCCGUUGGACAAAACGAUGUCAGCUUCCAGCAGUUGCACGACGUUGCAAACCCUUUUUCUUCCUCUUUUCUGCCGUGCAACGCCAAAAUAAAUAAUCUUCGAUCAAUCGCAUCACGCCUAAUACGCACCGGAAUUGAAGCUUUCAAGUUCUCAUGUCUACCACCACCGUUCUCUUCGUCUCCACUUUUCUCUUUCUAUCGCCUUUGCUUUCUUCAUCGACCGCCACCGGUGAUGGGGUUCCCAGUGCCUACGAAGUCCUCGGCGACUAUCACUUUCCCGAGGGUAUUCUCCCAAAAGGAGUUGUUGGUUACGAAUUAGACAGAUCUACCGGUAAAUUCCGCGCCUAUUUGAACGGUUCCUGCAGUUUCUCUCUCGAGGGAUCGUACCAGCUUAGUUAUAAAUCAACCAUCAGUGGUUAUAUUUCCAAAGACAGGCUCGCGAACCUCUCUGGAGUUAGCGUGAAGGUUCUGUUGUUCUGGCUCAAUAUCGUGGAGGUAUCUCGGAGUGGUGACGAGCUUGGCUUCUCGGUCGGCAUCACCUCCGCCUCUUUUCCGUUAGAUAACUUCUUCGUAUGCCCACAGUGUGGCUGUGGAUUGGAUUGCGAUAAUCUGCAAGCAAGGAAGCUGAAGUUGAGCCCUUCUGUUUCCUCUAUGUAGAACUACUUCACUGUGUAUGCAUUUAAAUUUCCUUUUUAUUUUUACCCUUCUUUAUCCUUUCUUACUGCCAGUCCACUUUUAUUGGCGCGACUUGAAUGGUAAUUAUCAUAUGAACUGCGUUUCUUGUA